CAGCAGUGUACACGCAGGCGCAAGUUUCCGGCAUUAAGGCGCAUGCGCACAAGCAGUCUGAACUGUUGCUCGGUAACUACCGGGAAUUAGCGGCUUUUCUCCACCAAAUUUGAACCACCGACGCUACCGGAGGAAUUAAAAACCCGCAUAGAUGUGUUCACCGAGAGGAUUUCAAUUCUUGUCCUGAAUUCACAAAUCUCCGAGGAUGGGUCUUAAAUGAGGGCAUCCGUCCCAGAUGUAGCCGAACGGACCUGCCACGUCUCCUCGAUUCACCUGCACACGUGUGAUAGACCCUGAUGAUGAUGCCUGGGGAUAUGACGUCAUGGAGGAAUACACCUGGACAGAUACAAGGUUGCCAGUAAAGGGUUGAUUGGACUCCUCUUCAUACACUCCAGCAAUGGGAAGGAUUAGCAUUUCCUGCCUGUUUCCAGCAUCCUGGCACUUCAGCCUGUCUCCGGUGGUUCUACCCCGGUUCCUGUUGCCCUCCUUCAGGCAGCUGCUUCUCCUGGGUCUGCUGGCAGGCGUGAUGGGACUGCUGUACCUGCUGCUGGUCACAGGAAAGGGCCAGUACAGCUGGUUAAGAGAGGACAGGCACAUCCACACACGUUUGGGUCGGGUUCCUGACAUGGAGGCCACGGACACCAAUAACCCCAACCUGAACUAUGGGCUGGUGGUGGACUGUGGCAGCAGUGGCUCCCGUGUGUUUGUGUACACCUGGCCCCGGCACAACGGCAACCUGCACGAGCUCUUGGACAUCAAGCAGAUGCGCGACAAGCACCGGAAGCCUGUAGUGAUGAAGAUCAAACCAGGUAUUUCAGAGUACGCCUCCACACCAGAUAAGGCCAGCGACUACAUCAGCCCUCUGCUGAGCUUUGCUGCUCAGCACAUCCCUAAAAACAAGCACCAGGAGACGCCUCUGUACAUCCUCUGCACCGCUGGAAUGAGAGUCCUGCCUGAGAGCCAGCAGGAGGCCCUUCUGGAGGAUUUAAGGACUGACAUUCCUGUCAAUUUCAACUUCCUGUUCUCCGACUCCCAUGUGGAAGUUAUCUCAGGCAAACAGGAAGGAGUUUAUGCAUGGAUUGGCAUCAAUUUUGUCUUGGGCCGAUUUAAUCAUGUUGAGGAUGAGCACGAUGCAGUGGUGGAGGUGCAGGUUCCUGGCAGUGACCAGCAGGAGACGCUGUUGCGCAAGCGUACAGCUGGUGUUUUGGACAUGGGUGGCGUUUCCACUCAGAUCGCAUAUGAAGUGCCCAAAACUGUAAGCUUUGCUUCUCCACAACAGGAGGAGAUAGCCAAGAAUCUGCUGGCGGAGUUUAAUCUGGGCUGCGACGCUCAUAGAACAGAACACGUGUAUCGGGUUUACGUCUCCACAUUCUUGGGUUUCGGAGGAAAUGCAGCCCGCCAGAGAUACGAGGAAAACCUCAUCAGCAGCACACAAAUCCAGAACAAGCUGUUGAAUCAGCAUCAGGGAGAGAGCGCAGACUCGCCCAUCCUGGACCCGUGUUUGCCUGUGGAUCUUCAGGAUGAGCUGGGACCUCCAGAGCAGCGGCUUCACCUGCGUGGUUCUGGAGACUUUGAGCGCUGCCGGCUACUGCUCCAGCCCUUCCUCAACCGCACAAAUGACACCAACACGUCCCUCAACGGGGUCUACCAGCCGCCCAUCGACUUCCACAACAGCCAGUUCUACGGCUUCUCUGAGUUCUACUACUGUACUGAAGAUGUGCUGCGCAUGGGAGGAGACUACAACUCCACCAAAUACACCAACGCUGCUAAGAGUUACUGUGCCACCCAGUGGAAAACUUUGAAAGAGCGGUUUGAUCGAGGACUUUACGCCUCGCAUGCAGAUCAGCAUCGACUUAAGUAUCAGUGCUUUAAGUCGGCCUGGAUGCAUGAGGUGCUCCACUCAGGGUUUGCGUUUCCAGCGGCGUAUGAGAACCUCAGGACAGCCCUGCUGGUCUACGAUAAAGAAGUGCAGUGGACACUCGGAGCCAUUUUAUACCGCACACGCUUUCUACCUCUAAGGGACAUCCAACAGGAGAGUCUGAAGGCCUCACACUCGCACUGGCAGCACAGCUUCUCCUUCAUGAAUAACCACUAUCUGUUCCUGGUGUGUUUUCUGGUGGUGGUGCUGUCCAUCCUGCUGUACCUGCUGCGUCUGAGGCGAAUCCACAACCGCUCCAUGCUCCACCGCAGCGCCUCUGCCUCCGUCCAAUGGCUGGAGGAGGGCCUGGGCUCCCCAGACCUCCCCGUCACCCUAUAGGCCCUUUAACCUGUCAAUCAAACAGCCGGCCAAUCGCUGGAAGAGAAAGCCAUCAUGACACAUCUCUUCAGUGAAGGCGCUUGGGGAUUCUUUAACUUUUUUUUUUGCACCCCAAACUUCACAUUGACCUCUUGCUGGCCAGAUUUGCAUUUCAAAAUAAUUUCCAAUAGAUACAUUUGCAUUUUCCGACAGGUGAGUGACAGGAUUAAUGUGAACACUGUAUUUGUUACAGGACAGGACCGAAUGGCUGCUUCUGAUCAUUUUUUUUCCUGAGGUAUUUUUUUGUUGUUUUGUUAUUUAUUAUUCGUCUGAGGUCUGCUGAGGCUGCCUUUGGAUCUUUAACGUCACUUUCAAUGUGUACUUUAUUGGUGCAUUGAUUACGGUUUAUAUACACUCGUUCUCAAUUCAGAUUCAUGUGCUCCAGAGUUUUUAAUACUCAAGACUGUACGCAUAAUUCAACAUCGAUUAAAUGAUUUGGAUGUGCCAAAGAGAAAUGGAGUGAGAUUAAUUGUAAGGAAUGGACAAUUUUAUGUUUGAUUAACAGCAGAAAUCCUUUUUUUUUCUUCUUUUUUUAAGACCGUAAAGUUUAGAUAUACAAAACCAACAUGAUGGAAUGCAAAAC